CGUCGAUACAUAUUUGUUAAAGUGGGGGGCGGGGUAGAGGGGCAACCUGAAUUGUAAAUAUCGCAUUUUCGUUAAGCUUUCAGCUAAUAAGAGCGGCGCUUUAUUUGCUUAUUUGCUUAUUUGCUUAUUUGCUUAUUUGUUUCCAAGGCUGUUUCCUUAGUUUCUACCGACAACAACAACAACUUCAAUAUUUCAAGAAUCAUAGACUGUAUGAUACCUGCCUAUAUAACUUAGAUUCUCAGAGUGAACCCAUCUAUAACACAUUAGCGCAAAGUUGUAAUAUUAGAUACAAAUCGAUCCAUUGUAACAGCAAGCACGAGCUUCAUCAUCUAUCAAAUAUGCAGCUUGUUGGAUCCAAGGCGUCGCAACGCCUAGAUGAAAUAGGCGAAGGAAGUGUCACUCUACUUCCCGUUGAACCAGAGGACAUGUGGCACGCGAAUAAUUUAAUAGGCCCCGAAGAUAUCGUCAAAGCGCAUGCGAUCCGAAAAGUGACAACGGAAUCAAAGACUGGUAGCACCCAGUCAGAAAGAGUACACACGGACCUUACCAUACGCGUCACCUCCACCUUCUUUGAUCCGGGCUCGUCGCAACUGCAUGUCUCUGGCACCGUCAUCGUCGAGAACAGUUGGGUCAACCUUGGCCAAUACCAUACCCUUGAUCUCGAGCUCAACCGCACCUUCACCCUAUGGAAGAAAUAUGGCUGGGAUUCGGUGGCAAAAGAAACCCUCUCAGACGCGCUGAAGCAGGACAAGGACGGUGCUGUGGCUGCUGUCGUGAUGCAAGAAGGCGUCGCAAACAUAUGUCUCAUCACCGAAUAUCGCACCAUACUCAAGCAGAGAGUGGAGAGCACGAUACCCAAGAAGAGAUCAAGUAGUUCUGAACAAGAUUCAGGGAUGAGACGGUUCUUCGAGAAGACUUUGACCACACUGGUUCGCAGCAUAGACUUCUCCAUGCCCCGGCCACUUUUAUUGGCCAGUCCUGGCUUUGUCGCAGGAGAGUUCAAAAAGUACAUAUCUACAGAAGGUAGCCGAAAAGCCGAUAAAUCUAUGAUGACAAUGGCCAAGGAAGCGAAGGUAGUACACUCGAGUUCUGGCUACUUGCACAGCCUGAACGAGAUCCUCAAAAGUCCCGAGGUCAUGGCGACAAUGAAACACAUGAAAUUCUCUAAGGAGACAAGGAUUAUGGACGACUUCUUUGAAAAGAUACGAAACGACGACGGCCGCGCGUGGUACGGUACGGGGCCGGUUGAGAAGGCGGUCCGGGAGGGUGCUGUAGGCCGGGGAGGGGGUGUCUUGAUGAUCAACAACUCGCUAUUCCGAAGUAUGGACAUUAAAACAAGAAGGAGAUACGUGGCGAUGGUUGAUAAAGUGAAGGCAGAUGGAGGAGAGGCAAGGAUACUAAGUAGCGAUCACGAAAGCGGGCAGCGACUAGAUGCGUUAGGGGGUAUAGCAGCUAUAUUGACAUAUCCCAUGUUAGAUCUAGAUGAUGAUGAUGGGGAUGGGGAUGGGGAUGGAAAUGAGAAUAGGGCAAAUGAAGGCGGGGAGGGUGACACGGGAGAGGACACGAUAAUAUGAAACAAAUAUUAACUAGAGACUGGAUAUCUAUCAUUCUUUUUUCCCUCAUGACUUUUGGGUCAAAGAUAAGUAUGGCCUUGUGUGAUGUUCAUGUGGUUCGUUGGAGUCUUGGAGUCUUGGAGUCUUGGAGUCUUG